AUGGACGUCGCCGUCACCUCCCAUCUCUACAAGUACCAUGUUCUGAUCCCCAACCGUCCCCAAGGGGCGAUAAUCAAAGCUGCGCCAAAUUCGAAGUCCGGGACCUCAAGUCUAAGAGCCGCCGAGAACUUGACCAGAUUACGGCAGUCAGCCAAGCAUUCAGCAAUCCGCCACCCAAGCCCACUGACAACCGAGCAACUGGACCUCGCCCAAGCCCCCAAAGGCGAUCUCUUCGUUGUCGUAGGUGAACUGCUGUAUUCUCCGGACAGCAGCAACGAAGCGCCGAAGCCGAACAAAUGCACCCCGGACAGUAGCGGCGGUGAACAAGAAGAGGAGGAGCAGGAGAACCCGAACGUGUGGACGUCUCAUCUCGUCUGCACCAAAGCCCGCAGCGAGAGGUGCAAUCUGUUUGCUCUGGUCUCGGAGGAGGGAAACGUGAAUGAUUGGGUGGCUUAUUACCAAGAGUUCACCGGCUACCCGGCCGAGGUGCAAGAGAGCCAGCAUAAGAAAAGGCGGGCAGUGUGGAAGCAAAGGAUAACUGCUUUUUGUGCCCACUUUCUGGGUACCAGUGACGUUCCCAACGAGAUGGACAAAAGCUCGACUGUUCUCGAAGCUCCUGGUAAUCUCCCAGCGCGGGCCCCGGCCCCGGCGGAGAUUGUGCGGGAAGAUGCUCCCAGCGUUGGGCAGUCGAGAGCUUUCCAGUUGACCAACCGCUUGCUCUAUCCGACUGAUCCCAAUGUGGGACUUGAUAAGGAAGAGAUUGAGGAGAUCACUGAGACAUGCAAGACAUCAUGGAACCUUCAGAAGGGACAUCUUACCGAGGACCACAUCCGCGAAAUCAGUCGAUGCAUUCGAAAAGGUCUUCUGGUCGGCAAACCAGCAUUGCCACCGUUCAAGCACCAGGCCUUCAUCCUAAACUGUUCGAUUAUGGCUAGGAACGCCGCCAAACGGUACCAGACGAUGAACUGGGACAACAUCAUCGAGGAUGCUUUCGAUAUGGCUUGGAAUACCACGUGCCCUCAUCCGUCCGGUCGGGGAGCCUGGAGCUCGCAGGUAAUCGUCAUUGAUGAUUGAGAAACCCUGACGAGAGACCCUCGAAGCCCUGUAGGCGAAUAUCAAAGAGAAACGAG